GAUGACAUAGCGCUUGCCAAACAACUUGGUUUGGAUACUUUCAGAUUCUCACUCUCAUGGUCCAGAAUAUUGCCAUAUGGGAAGCUCAGUCGGGGUAUCAACCAAAAAGGAAUAGACCAUUAUAACAACGUUAUUGAUGAGGUCAUAGCACAAGGAUUGACGCCAUUUUUGUCACUCGUGCAUUUGGAUUACCCUCAAAUUUUGGAAGACGAAUACAGCGGAUUUCUAAGCACUCGCAUGGUGGACGAUUUUAGAGAUUACGCGGAUGUUUGCUUCAAGGCAUUUGGCGACCGAAUCAAACAUUGGGUGACUAUAAACGAGCCGAGGACGCUGAUACUAGGCGGGUACGAGGUCGGCGAUAUGGCCCCGGGACACUGCACCAGCGUUUCCAACUGGACUUGCGACGCCGGAAAUUCCUCGAAGGAGCCCUACAUUGUGGCCCACAACCAGCUCCUUGCUCAUGCAGCUGCCGUCCAGUUGUACCGCCGGAAAUAUCAGGCAACUCAGAAAGGCAUCAUCGGAAUAUCAAUGAAUGCGGACUGGAUCAUCCCAUACAGCUCGAGCAAGGGCGACAUUCAAGCAGCCAAAAGAGCCAUUGAUUUCACUUUUGGGUGGUUUAUGGAUCCAAUAUACAAAGGCGAUUAUCCCGAGAACAUGAAGCGAUAUGUUGGGGAUAGACUACCGAGAUUUUCGAAACAAGAAUCGAUAAUGCUGAAAGGGUCAUACGACUUUUUGGGGAUCAACUAUUACACUACCCAAUAUGCGCUUGAUCGGAUUGACUACAGCGAUCCUCGUCACCCAAAUGGCUACGAUACUCAUGUCCAACUUUCUUUUGUAAGAAAUGGACAAAUAAUUGGCCCUCAGACCGUUACACUCUGGAUGACCAUAUAUCCUAGAGGACUUUAUAACCUUUUACUCUACAUAAAAGACACAUACCAGAAUCCUCUUGUCUACAUUACAGAAAAUGGUGGGUGA